AUGUUUCGCUCCCUCGGAUCCCGCAAGCGGGUCAAGCCGAACCCUACGGCUGACCCGACCACUCCCACGACUCCAACGACGGCUACGCCGACGACGGAGACAACAAAUCCAUCGUCAACCACGCUGCCGGAGUCCACUCCCAAAGCAGCGACGCCGAACGCCGCUCCUGUCGACCCUGCCGCUUCCGACGAUAAGACCAGCAAGCCGCAGACCGCGAAAUCGGGCAAAAAUGGCGAAGCAACAGCGCCCACGGGCCCGGGUUCAAAGCAGCUCGGCAAGCCUCGGAGCUGGUACGGAUCGUGGCCCCGAGUACCAAAGUCCGCACCCUCGACCCAAGUAGCGCGAGAAACAAUUCUAGCCAGCACAUCGGCAGCCACGGGGACUGCAGAUUUCAGUCGAUUUGAACAAACCAAGCCCUAUGAUACCAGGAGUAUUGGUGGUGGAUCAGUGUUGGAGUCCAGCUUGCCGAAAACACACACAGAUUUAUCGACGCCUCGAGAACCGCGAGCGCAACAACCCCAGGAGCCGCCUAUGGCGCCCGUAUCUAAGAGUGUGGCAAAGCCUCCGGGAGCCUCGAAUCCCGAUAAUGAUACAGAAAUGACAGAUGCAGGGCAGCCCGAAGAUUCUUCGCAACCGCCCCCAGAGCAACCUGCAACAACAACAACGGCAGCGGAACAGGCGCCAACCGCGGAACCAACACCUCAGCGGCCUGCGUCCGGGUGGUUUGGUGGGUGGCUGGGAGGGUCUACGCCUGCUGGGCCCCCACCGGCAAAACCAACCGAUACUCCCACGGCUCAAUCAAGUUCUCGGGAAGCAGACGUACCACCACCCGCGCAAGCUGAGGCUCCUGAGGUUGAGGUGUCCGAGGUGGACAAAGAAGCACCCCAACCAACGCCGGAAAUGACCGAGGUUUUCACGCCACUGGAGGCUCAGGAUAAGGCGGCUGGCGGAUAUGGAGCCUAUGGUAGUGCGUGGUUGUGGUCUUGGUCGGGCAGAUCGACAGCCACCUCUGCUGAUUCCCAACCUAAGGCACAACCUUCCGCUGCGGGCCCGGAGGCUGCUCCUUCAGCGGCCAAGGAACCUGAGGACGUUGUCAUGGAGGAUGCCCCGGCAGCAGAAGCGGCUCCGGAGUCCCCAGCGCCCGCUCCAAAGGCUGGUUCUACCUGGGCAUUUUGGUCUCGCGAUUCGGGGUCUGCUCCAACUAAGCAGCCGGCUGAGCAGAAGCCAGAGCAGGGCCACAUUGCCGUGAUGGGAGAAAGCUCUGAAACCCACCCGCAAAAAGCGAAUCAGAUGGAGUUCAAGAGUUCGCCCGUGAAAGAACCUCCGCUUAAGUCUGGCAAGAAAGAGGAGCUGGUGAAGGGCGCAGCCACUCCCUCCCGAGAGGCACCCUCGAAGAGUAACAAACGAGCGCGCCCCAAGUCGAUGGAGGGUGAUGACAAGGCUCCUGAACGUCCAAGUACCCCGAAGGUUGGUACUACCACCAAGACAUCCGCCCCCAAAACCCCGGUUUCAGCGACCAAGGUCGUACCACUAAACCUCGUAUUGCCUUCCUUCGACGGGACGUACAAACUCAAGGAGAAUCCAUCGAUUCUCAAACAAAUCACCCAGUUGCUCCUUAGGACGCAGCAACCGGCCGGAGAUCACGUCUAUCUCACAAAGGAGACCCCCAAAAUCAAAAGGGCCAUUGCCAUCGGCGUCCAUGGACUCUUCCCGGCGAACUACCUCCGUCCCAUGAUCGGCCAGCCAACGGGGACAUCCAUCAAGUUUGCCAACCACACGGCCGACGCCAUCCGGCGAUGGGCCGACAGUCAUGGCUGCUCGGACUGCGAGAUCGAGAAAGUGGCGCUUGAAGGCGAGGGUAGGAUUGGCGAGCGGGUGGAAAAUUUGUGGAAACUGCUACUGAACUGGAUCGACACUAUCCGGAAGGCGGAUUUGAUUAUCAUCGGGUGUCACUCGCAGGGAGUGCCGGUCAGCAUUAUGCUGUUGGCCAAGCUUAUUGAGCUGGGGGUGGUCGCGUCCGCUAGAGUGGGUGUGUGCGCUAUGGCUGGCGUUUCCCUAGGGCCGUUCCCCGACUACAGGUCUAGCAUGGGCAUUCUCAUGGGCUCGGCAGCCGAGCUCUGGGAGUUUGCUGACCCCUACAGCGAGGUAUCGAAACGUCUCGAGGCGUCAGUUAAGGUGGCUCUGAAGUAUGGAGCCCGGAUCACGUACAUUGGGAGCAUUGACGACCAGCUGGUACCGCUGGAGUCCGCCAUCUACGCACCCGCUCAUCACCCCUACAUCUACCGCGCCGUCUUCAUCGACGGGCGCAUCCACGCUCCAGAUUUCAUCGCCCACCUAGUCGGCUUUGCGCUCAAGCUUCGCAACCUAGGCGUAUCCGACCACGGACUGAUCCGUGAGCUAUCCACACCGCUCGCGGGCAGCCUCUACUCGGGCGAGGGCCACUCCAGGUUGUACGACGACGGGCAGGUGUACGAUCUCUCUGUCACCCACGCACUGGAAACUACGGACACCAAAGGGGCUUGCGAAGUCGGGAUGCAUUACCGGCGGGAUAUAUUUGGCGGUGCAGACAACAGCAGUAACAAUAACAAUGGUACCAGCACGAACGGCACGGGGAUGGGUAACAACAACAACAAUGCUGCUGCUGCUACGAGCCUCUCAAACCCGAACCCGUAUCACCUGCCGUGGAUCAUGCGCGGGAUGCUGGAGGAGGACUUUGUCAAGACGGAACUGUCUGCCGAGACAGCUGAACUAGUCCGUCAGUUUGACGAUUGGAAACCGGUGACUAAGGCGCUCAAGGAUGUCAAGUAUCGGUUGGAGGCGGUUAGGUCGAAGUUGUGA